AUGAGCAAUGUCCGAUAUCUAGUUCUACUGAUAAGGUUCCUAGUGUUAUCUGCGGUAAAGGGAGCGUGUCCAAUCAUCACCGGACAGCCGGAGGGUUACGAUAUAUCUCCUUUAAACUUAGAUUUCUUAACAGUAUACAAUACAUCGGCUUUACACAUCAACUUGUGCGGCAACGCUGCAUCCUGUCAAGGUAACUCUGCAUGUUACACCUCUGGGGACGGUAACGUGAUCCUGCUGGGUAAUGUGUCCUCAGCAGAGGCCCAAUCUGAUCACGUGAACAUCACGUUAUCUGGAGUCUCCGUUACUACUCACGUCACCCUGCUUUGUGGCAACAGCUUGAAUGUUGAACCUACCAAAGCAGUCCCCUGCUAUGCGUACAACGAGCAGAAACAGUUGGUUGAUUUGGGUGACCUAGUUGGGAUUAACUAUCAUAUUCCUAUCGUUAAUAGUACAAAGUCAAUAUAUUUCUCUCUCUGUGGUCCGGUGACGGGAGAAAACGCCUGCGGAGGUGGUGGAGUGUGCUACAAAGACGACACAGGGAGUGCCAGUAUCGGGAGUGUAACACACGGUCCCCACGUCAGCACUGAGGACGGUGGAGUUGUGGUGAGCUACGUGGCUCAGCGCCCACAGAGUCAGUCCUGUCCGGAGAUCACCACCACGCUGCUUCUCAUCUGCACUCCAAAUCAGCAAACACCUCCUAUCCUUAUCUACUUGGACCAGAAAUGCUCGUAUAACCUUGUGUGGAGAACCGACCACGCCUGUCCCAUUAAACCUAUUCAUGACGUGGGGUGUAAGCUACAAGCUAGAGGAACUAGCUACGAUCUUACUCCUCUCACUGGACAAGAAUACCAGACAGAGGUACAGAAUCACAGAUACUCGCUCAGAGUAUGCGGCAACAUUGGUACUGGUUGUAGUGGUAAUGCUGCCUCGGGCUGUGUGGUGGACACUAAAAACUAUAAUGCCUGGUCCAUGGGUUCUUACCACGAGGGUAAUUUAGUGUGGGAUGAUACAGGGUUAACAAUGAUUUAUAACGGCGGCAGUCAGUGCUCUAAGGGCCAAGUCAGAUCCACCAAGAUUCUAUUUGUGUGCGAUAAAAAUGCAGGAAUUGGCGCUCCGGAGAUGACAGAAACAUAUUACUGUUUCUAUUCCUUCGUCUGGCGCACAAAACACGCAUGUCCUACGACAGAGGGUAGCACGUGCGCUAAGUACGGGACGGACGGAGAGUUGUUCGACCUGUCUGAGCUGGGCCACAGAGCGGUACCCUGGAAGCCGGAACGUGGGCCCGGUGUGGCCCGGGACGAGGACCUGAUCAUGUCUGUGUGCGGGGACAUGACACAGUGUCCGGGGGCCAGUCUCUGCAGGAAAGAAGUAAUAGACGACGAAACCACGUACAAACCGUUAGCUUCACUCAGUGAACAUUUUAAGAUUAACGCCGACAAGUCUAUAGAGCUCACGUACGAGGGGGCGGGAGAGUGCGAGAAUGAUCCUACUUCUCUUACCGUUGAGUUGACAUGUAAGCAAGGAGCAGUGGAAACAGCACCCCAACUCCUCUCCGACGACCCAUGCAACUAUGUUAGUGUGUGGGAGACAGCCUACGCGUGUCCCAGUCACUCCAUUACUGGUAACCAGUGCAAGAUCAAGGAUGAGGUGACUGGUCUCACGUUUGAUGUGACUGGUUUAGCGGCUGAGGCUCACGAUAUGACACUUCUGGACGGCACUACCCUUUCACUCCAGAUUUGUGGUAGUUUGUCUGAAACAACGUGUGGUCAGGGUGUUAGUGCCUGUCGGUCUGAUGGUACCGUCUUGGGGUACACCAGCAAGGGGGACCUCUCCAGCAGCAAGCUUCAUUUCUCCAACCGACAACUAGCUAUAGGAAUGAACGGAGCAAAUUGUCAGGCGGGUCAGGACUACCGAACUCUGGUCGAGUUUAUGUGCGAAUCAGAUCCUGCUAAAAAGAGUGUUACAGCUGUUCCAGUUGGUAAUUGUACCUACUAUGUUAUCUGGACAGACCCCGCUGCCUGCCCUAUGUAUCCUAUGGAGUGUGCUGUUAACAACGGAUCUCACAGUUUCGACCUGUCGCCCCUGUACGAUGCAGGUAGCCUGGAGUGGGCUGGUCUGGUAGAUGGAGCACAGACAGCACUGUACAUGAGACCUUGUGGGCAGGUCCAGGCUGGUACGGAGGGGUGUGAUCAUACUGCUGGAGUCUGUGCUGUUGUGGAGAGAAACGGAGUGAAAGUAGCUACAAAUCUGGGUAGAGCAGCUUCUGACCUGACUAUAGAAGAUGGUAUCCUGACUGAGAACUAUGUGAACGGAGAUAGAGUUUGUAGUGAUAAGAGUCUCCGGGCCUCCACACGUGUUGAGUACUCCUGUGCUAAACAGCCUCAGUCAGUGAUACAGUCAGCGUUCUUUAACGAUGAUAUGUGUAUGUACAUAGUGGAGGUAGCAAGUCCUUAUGGGUGUAUUCAGGAGAAGGUCGCUACUCACAACUGUUCCAUUACUCACCCUGAUACAGGGAUCACGUACGAUUUCUCGUAUCUGACGGAGGACUACGAGUUCUCGAACGUUAACUCCCACUUCAAAGUACAUGUUUGUGGGUCCCUGGCUGACGGUUGUGGGCUGGAGAAUAAGGAUGCUGCUUCGUGUGAGGUUGUCAAUGGCAACUAUCUCUCUAUUGGUGACGCUGCUACCUCCAGUCUCUCUCUAGAGAACAACAUCUUCACCCUGUCCUACACUGGUGGAGACCGGUGUGUGGAGAACAAGGACUGGGCCCAGUACAAGUCCACCCAGAUAACCAUGCUGUGUAACCGUGAGGUACCGGUGGGAACUCCCCGGUAUAUCAACAGGGAUGCUGAGGCUUGUGUCUACCAUUUUGAGUGGGAACUAGCUGCGGCGUGUCCUCCAGAGCAACCUAAGUGCCGGGUUAUAGACGAUUCACUUAAAGAGUACGACCUGAGCGUACUACGUCGGGACACAGACUGGACAAUCCGGGACACAAACAACAGGGUCUACUCUCUUAACGUGUGUGGUGUUAGUUCGGUGUGUGGGGAUAAUUCAGGGAUCUGUUAUAUUGAAGGUCAGUAUACGGAAGACUCAGGCAGCACCAAAGUUAGUUUAGGUAGAGUAUCAGGGGAACCUAGUGUAGUGGAGGAUGGCACAAUACAGCUCACUUACUACCACGGAGAUAAGUGUGGGACCUCCGGGGAUAAACGUUGGACUACCAACAUCAUCUUCACUUGCGAACCACAAUCUGAGAGUCUGCCCACAAUAACGCUGAAUGAGGAGGCCUGUCAAGUGACUGUAGAAUGGAGAUCACUGCAUGCAUGUCCUGCUGCUUACGCUACCGGGGACAACUGCACUGUCACUAACCCAGUCACUGGUGUAACGUACGACCUGUGGAAGUUAUCUAACAGAGAUUACAGUUCCACAAUUGAUGAACACACCUACACAUACGCCUUCUGUACCCCUCUCCGUACACCAUGUAAUGAUGCCACGACCUCUGGUUCCUGUCAAGGAUCAACAGUAACGGACGCUCAGAAAGAUAACGGACAUGUUAACCAGACCUUAACGUACAGUAACGGUGUUAUCAUACUGACUUACCUGAAUGGUGACGUUUGCAGUAGAGGUGACAUCAGAGAGACCAAAAUAAAGAUGGUUUGUGAUCACAGUUUGUCCGAUGUUGAGGUGGAGAUUGACCAGAUAGAGGAAACUUCUCACUGUGUUUACGAGGCUUUCGCUUUUUCCGGCCUUCCUUGCGAUAAGGAAGUGUUAUCACAGUGCGAGGUUGCUGGAUACGACAUUUCAGCUCUAGCAUUAACACGUGGCAACUACUACGCUACCCACAAUAACUUUACCUUCACUAUAAACGCUUGCAGAGGGAUAAACUCACCCUCUCCCUGCUCCUCUAACUCUGCUGUCUGCAUGAGAAAUGGAGUGGGUCAGGGAGUCAGCAUAGGUGACGUUUCCACGGCGGUUCUCGUGUACGAAGACUCCAGCCUGAAACUCAAGUACAGAGGUGCAGACCUGUGUCCUGAGAGUGGACUACCUUACAUGACUAUCAUUACCUUCCUAUGUGACGCAGAAGAUAAUGUGGGCAGUCCGGAAUACCUGUCCAACGUGUCGUGUAUCUAUAACUUCCUCUGGAGGACCAAGUUUGCGUGUAAGGAGAGAGAGGUGGGAGAUAGCUGCACUAUACGUGACAGUCAGUCAGGGGAGGUUAUCCUGGAUCUCACCAGCUUGAAGGGAAUUUACACACUUGCUUCUCCAGGAUCGACCGAUAGUUACUCCGUAGCAGUUUGUGAGAAACUUCUAGAUAGUGAUUGUAAGAAAGAUAGUGCAGUGUGUCUGUCAACUACGCAGAACAAACAUGUCAGCCUGGGUCUCUACGAGUCUGAUACCAGUAUAGCGAGCACGGGAGUACGCAGCAUCACAACCCUAACCUACCUAAACGGGGACGUGUGUACACAAGGAGACGGUUCCUCGGUGCCUUAUCGUACUGUUAUAGACUUUACCUGUGAUAGAGAAGAGGAUGAGGCUCCUAGUUAUAUCGGAACGACGGAAUGUGAGGUUAGGUUAAAGUUCCCCACACCCCUGGUAUGUCAACAAGACGUCACAUCUUGUGAGAUCAUCAAGGAUGGUCACGUGAUCGACCUCUCCUCUCUCAGCCAUUCUCCUCAGUACCUGGUGUCCAACAAGAUCCCGCUAGAUGGUUACAUAUACCUGGCAGUGUGCCAAUCCCUCCCCAACACUGGAGCUAUCCCCUGUUCUGGUAAAUCUGCUGCUUGUUACGCUCAAAGUGGUGGAGCUGGAUCUACGACUAUAGGACAGGUAACAGGACCGCUACAGCUAGGACCUGACGGUAACCCUGAACUACUGUACACGAAUGGUGAAGUGUGUCCUUCUGGUGGGUCCUAUAGUACCAGGAUAACAUUCCUUUGUGAUAGAGAUGCCCCUAGUAUACCGUAUCUGGUUGAAGUAGAUGGGUGCGAGUACAAAGUGUCGUGGUACACAGACCGGGCCUGCGUGUCAUCUGAUCCUAUCCCUGUACUCGGCUGUAAGGUAUCUGAUCCUGACACCAGAUUCUUGUACGACCUCACCACUUUGACUCUCUCCCAGGAGUACUAUCAGACUUCAGUAGCAGUGGGAGAUAACAAUGUUUACAUAACUGCAAAUGUUUGUGGGGCGGUAAAUACUUGUGGUCCUGAUAUUGCUGUUUGUGCCCAGAGCAACGGUAAAACUGUAUCCCUGGGUAAAGUGAGCACCGCCUCCACAGAACUAGCACAAGAGAAGGGAGAGGUCCAGAUAAUGUACACUGGUGGAACCAACUCAACUAAAUGUCCACAAGGAAAGAGCAGCAAGAUACUGAUCAUGUGCUGUCGAUCACAACUUGAUAUGGAGCUCCUGACAGUCAGUGAUGACGGAUGCCUUUACUCAUUCAGCCUGUGCUCUCAAAAGGUGUGUCAAUUCAGUCCCAAAGAGUGUGUUUUCAAAAUAGGUGGGGUUGUUUACGAUUUCGCCCCUCUUGCACGAAGGAACGAUAACUGGCUGGUCGAACAAGAGGACAGAACGUUCUCCAUUAAUCCAUGUAGGGGUGUACAUUUGGAUUCCAAGAUGUCUGGGUGUACUGAAAACAGCAUAGCAUGUAUGUCAGAGAAAUCAGUCCUUGGCAGUCUGUCUCUGGGUCUCAUUGAAACUAGAGUACAAGCCCCCGGUAUCGGUCCUAAAGCCUCCGAGAUAGCCCUACGUUACGACAGUGGUUCUGAUCAGGUCUGCUCGAGCAGGUCUUCUAAAACUGAGCUGUUGUUUUCCUGUGGUAACUCCCUCGGAGCUCCAGUCUUUGUGGACGACAGUGAUUGCAUUUAUAAGUUUACCUGGAGCUCGUUUGUUGCCUGCAACGCCAGCACACGUCCCGUUGUCUCCAAGACCUGCAAAUACCCCAACCCACUCACCAAGGACCUUGUGGAUCUGAAGCAGAUGGCAACACAUCACUAUAGCAUCGCCAGUGUGCCAUACACGGUGCAUUUUGCCAGAUGUGGUGAUUUGUUGGGUGACGGGUUGGAGGAGAAGCGAUGCAGUGGGAAGAAGGUGUGUGUUAUUGAUCAGAGGAACAAUAAGGUUCUUAGUUUUGGAGGUUCUGAAGACGGAGUAGAGAUCUUUGCUAGAGACGACUCAUCCGAACAAAUCAUCAAAUCAACCGUCCCGUGUGAGGACAGUGAAAGUAAGAGCUGGCAGGCUAUAAUAGAAUACACGUGUGGUGUGGAGGAGACAGCCUACUUCAGGGGCAUGUCUCAUUGUCACGUGUUACUUGGUGUUUCUACCCCUCUCGUCUGCUCCAGUUACAAAUCUAGAACUACACACAUGAGUUUUCUGUUAGCGGUAGUGCUACUGUUGGCAGCUGUGUUCCUGGCUCUAAUUCUCCUUUACAUCUGCAUCAACCCUAAUAGACGGGAUAAGGUUUUCAGAAAGAUCAGGUCGAUAUUGCCAGUUCGCGGAUCCAGAGCUCAACCGAUGGCUUACAAAAGGGUGAUGAUUGAUAUGAAAGACCAGGAAGCUGAGAGUAACAUGGCUUGCGAUUUUUGAGUGGACCGCUGCGUAUGAACGACGAUACAGUCGAUAAAUUCUUCUCGGACUCAGAGUCAGACGAAGAUAUCGUCCCUCUAUCAGACCUCGUCCCUCUAUCCGACGAGGAACUCCUAGGAUUGUAGCUCCAUCCAUCCCUUUACCAAGCAACCGAGGCCUGACCUAGCAAAUCGCCACUGAUAGUGGUACUCUAUAUGACGAUGGGCAGUAGCAACAUUCCCCAGAACAGCUGUACUAUAUCGGUGGUGUUAUCAAAUCCCCAAAUCCCCUCCUUCAGAAUCAUCGUAUUUGUAUCGAUCACGUGACCUGCAGAUUUACAUAAUUGACCUAUUAGUGGACAUUGUACCGCAUGUGAUGCUGAAGUUUAAAAGCUGAGUCCCAGCUGAAUAUCAGACAAGUAGCCGGCUGCCGGGCUGCUGCUGUUGACGAGAGUAGUUAUGAUUGGACGCUGGUCGUCUUGUAACCGUUCAUAUUGAAUUGCAGCCCUCAUUGUUCUGAUACCAUGACAAUUGUUGUGUACGGGGUGUUUUAUUUUAUGCUUGGUAGUAUCUAAAAUAAUGUACAAAAUUUUUUUAUUUGUGGUGUGCUUUAUCUUUUGCUGGAUCAAGGUUUUUUGAAGGCUGAUUUUGUAAAAAUUUUGUAUCUCGAUGUGUAUUAAUGGAAGGUUUGGCUUGUUUGUGAUUUUUGCCUUUGAUUAAAUUAUUUUCUUAUCUUCUACAGUAAAUGAUGAAUGAACAGGCAAUAACCAGACAUCAGCAAACAGUUUUGUGCAGUUAUUUAUGAGUAGCUGUGUCCCAUUAUAGUGUAAGUUUUACUUUGCUCUUGGUUAAUUUGUCUUUUGGGUUGUUGUUAUUUGAUGUGUUAUUGUUAGUGAACUUUAAAUUAUUACGAUUCAAGUACAUGGCAAUCCUAUCUUGAUUUUUGCUGAAAUUUUGCUCGUUGACUAUUUAUGAUUAUUCACAGCUCAAUCACUUGGAGUUUGCUUUCCCCUAACAAUGUUAUAACAUAUGAUGUUUGAUUUAAAAUCUGACAUCAAAAUCGUUUUGUCGACUGCUCAUCUAAAUUUAAAUCUAGUCUUAAAGAUAUUUUAGACAGAUGUUUAAUUCCUGAUAUAGCUGAAAGUAAAUGUGUGUAAUUACUCAUAAAACAUUAAAUGCAAAAUAGUGAGUAGUAAAUUUCCAUGUUUGGUUGUGUUUUUGUAAUACUAAUUAAUAAUGUUAAGAUGGUUGUUCGAUUUUGGAACAUUUUAUAAUUUUAACGGUAG